AUGCUCGGCAUCGGAGGCCGACUGUCUUCUAUCAUUCCCAUUAUUGCCUCGGCCGUCGCCGUCGCACUCUCCAUUGUCCUGCUUGCAGCUGGGACAAGCACAAGCAAUGGAGGGAACAACUACUGGUUGUCGCUAAACACAUCGCACAUCGGACAAGACAUUAUCCAGAUCAAGGCUGCCAACAACACCAACGGCGGUAAUGGAAACGGAAAUGGCGGCGGCAGCCUCAUCCCCGGCGUCCCGGGCCUUCCUGCACCACCCAACGAUCCGACCGGCAUCACGCAGGGCAUCGGCAACGCUCUGGGAGGCCUGCUUGGCAAUUUGACAAACGCCAUCGGCGACGGUGUCCAGGAUAUUCAGGGCCAGCUCGUGGGCAACUUGACUCACCUGUUGGGCAUCAAGGACAACUACCGCCUCUACUUGACAAAGAUGUGCGAAGCGACCUAUGCGGACGACAAUGACCCCAAGAGCAAAGUCACGGUCAACAACUGCGAGAGCUACGAUAGCAAGGGAUCUGGCCUGCGCAAUAUCACCCGCUCGAUCCCGUCGUCCUUUGUCGUCGGCACCGCCAACGUCUCCGUCCCCCUCGUGGCAGCCAUGGCAGGGACCCUUGACCAAAUCGUCGAUCUCGCCACCGGCGGCGCAAAAGCCAUGACGGCCCUCCUCGCCAUCGGCACCGUGUCCACCGGCAUCGUCCUCCUCGCCACGCUCCCCAUCCUCAUUGUCGGCUUCCUCCGCAUCCUCGUCCUGGUCUCGCUCGUCUUCUCCCUCCUCGCCUCCUUCGUCCUACCCACCUUCGCUGUCGUCACGACGGCGAUCAUCUACGGCGGCAAGAGUAUGCUGAAUAAGUCCAUAGCUGCCUUUGGCAUGCAGAUCCAGACGGGUGGUUCUUUCGUGGCCAUGUCGUGGGUUGCGGCGGUCGCAUCGAUGGCCGCGGCUACGUACUGGUUCAUGGUUUGGUUCGUGAGCUUCAGACGUACGGCGUUCAGCAGACGGAAGCGUACAGAGAGCGAGAUUGGUAACUGGCGGGGCAUCUUCCGUGAGGUGAAGGGUGACAUUCGCACGUGGGAGGGAGGCGAGAAAUGA